AUGGCUUCCUUACCUCCCGCGGAGGACUCGCCUGAGACCGUCCCGGAGAAGCCUCCCGAUCGUAGGGUUAGCGGCCUAGACUUCUUUCGACCUUGCUUAGUUCCAGUCACACCAGAGCCUCUUGUUACCGCUGAUGUUGUUAAUACCGACGCUGACCCAUCGUCCAGCAAGGAGCCGCAACCGGAACCCAAUCCCGCGCCUCCUCCAGCGCCGUUUUCUCUCCCUCCCGCCAUCGCGUCGUCAAGCAAGGGACCGUCACCGCCGGCCAAUCCCGCGCCUUCCCCAGCGCCCUUCACUCUCCCUCCCGCCAUCGCGUCGUCCAGAAAGGGGCCGCAACCGCCGCCCAAUCCCCCGUGUGCUCCAGCGCCGUUCAUUCUCUCACCCGCCAUCGCGUCGUCCAGUAAAGCGCCUCCCUCUGCAGUUGGUAGCAGCGGCUGCAACGAUGUCGCUCCCGCGUCCGAGGGUCGUACGACUAAGAAGGCGCGCACAGUUUUACUCCGAGGCAAGCUAUAG